AUGAAAUGGAUCUACAGUUUUGUUAUUGUCUCAAAUAUAUGUAGUUCUGCUCUCGCGGAUACAUCAAGUUUAUUUUCACCUUCUUGCGUUCCCGAAAGUCAACAGACAGCAUUCCCAAACUGCAACCACUUCCUAUAUUUUGGCAACACUUGCCCAUAUCUUCCCACCGAUCAAGCGUGGAAAGAGUGUCUUUGUAAUCAAGAUUACAUUAACUCUCUCUUUGGCUGCGAGAGCGAAGUAAGAGUCUGUUUCCAAGACGGCCACCUUGACUACGAGUACCAAUCUGCACUGAGCCUGUGGCAUAGCCUUUGUAACACCUUUCUCCCUCCCUCCUUGACAGUCACGACACCACCGCUCGGUACAAUUACCGCAACCUAUCGCCCACUCUGCCCCGGUGCAGUAGAUGCAUGCCAAACUGCCCAACUACUAUACGACAAUUGCGGAAAUACCUUUAAGACUCCCGAUGCCGCCUUCACUUCAUGUGUUUGUCAACCGAGGUUUCUAAGCCUGGAUUAUCAAUGCAACUUUGCGGGAAACACUUCUUGCUUGGGCAUCCCGGCCACAUUGUCGAAUUUGAUCGGUUAUGACUGUCCCAACUUUCAAAGUAUCAUCGGGACUGGACUUGUAAGUACAUUUCCUUGGCUUCAGGUGAGACUUUAUUGA